ACCGCCGAAGGCUUCCAGGAGCGAGUGCGGGCGCAGCGGGCCAUGGCUGAGCAGGAGAGCAAGGGCUCGGCCACCUACUGCACCGUUUGCAGUAAGAAAUUCGCCUCUUUCAACGCCUACGAAAACCACCUCAAGUCCCGGCGGCAUGUUGAGCUAGAGAAGAAGGCUGUGCAGGCCGUGAAUCGGAAAGUGGAAAUGAUGAAUGAAAAGAACUUGGAGAAAGGACUGGGUGGGGACAGUCUGGACAAGGAUGCCAUGAACGCGGCCAUCCAGCAGGCCAUAAAGGCUCAGCCGUCUAUGUCUCCCAAGAGGGCGCCCCCAGCUCCUAUAGAGGAGUCCGGGAGUGCCGUGGCCGUGGCUGCCAGUGGCCGUGUGACUCACAACCGAGACCCGACAGACAAGCCGCCCCGGCUUCAGUGGUUUGAACAGCAGGCGAAGAAGUUUGCAAAGCAGCAGGAGGAGGACAGUGAGGACGAGGAAGACCUGGAUGGAGACGAUUGGGAAGAUAUUGAUUCUGAUGAAGAAUUGGAAUGUGAAGAUACGGAAGCAACGAAUGGUGUGGAGGAAGAGGAGGAAGAGGCUGUAGAAAGCCCAUCCCUUGGUGCCAUCCCUGUCACAGACUGUUUAUUUUGUUCCCAUCAUUCAAGCUCACUCAUGAAGAACGUUGCUCAUAUGACAAAAGUCCACAGCUUCUUUAUUCCUGAUAUAGAAUAUCUUUCAGAUCUUAAAGGACUGAUUAAAUACUUAGGAGAAAAAGUUGGUGUUGGGAAGAUUUGCUUGUGGUGCAAUGAGAAAGGGAAAUCCUUUUACUCCACAGAGGCUGUACAGGCACACAUGAAUGACAAAAGCCACUGCAAGCUCUACACAGAUGGGGAUGCUGCUUUGGAAUUUGCAGAUUUCUAUGAUUUUAGGAGUAGCUACCCAGAUCACAAGGGAGGAGAGGAUGCCAGUGAGUCCGAGGAGCUGCCCUUGGAAAAGAACUUGGAGUAUGAUGAUGAAACCAUGGAACUGGUUCUGCCUUCUGGUGCCAGAGUGGGUCAUCGCUCCUUGAUGAGAUACUACAGACAGCGAUUUGGCUUGUCGAGAGCUGUGGCAGUUGCUAAAAAUCGGAAGGCUGUGGGCCGUGUCCUUCAGCAGUACAGGGCACUGGGAUGGACUGGCAGCACAGCCACAGGAGCAGCUCUUAUGCGAGAGCGAGACAUGCAGUAUGUGCAAAGGAUGAAAUCCAAGUGGAUGCUGAAGACGGGAAUGAAGAACAACGCCACCAAGCACAUGCACUUUAGGGCCCAAGUGAGAUUCUGAGCAUCUGCGCUGUGGAAUGAUCACUCUCUUGCUCACGUUUCCUCCUUGUUGGAGGACCAGUGACCGCCAGAUUGUGUGAUGGGCCCCUUUGCUGCUAUUUCAUUUGUUCUGACCUAAUAAAAAUUAGAAUCAUA